AUGGGUAAUAGAAAAUCUCAUGUAAAUGCAGUUAACUCAUUUACAACUUUACAAGCGUUGCAAGUACCUGAUGCGCCAUCUGUUGAUCAAGAACGAUCGGGAGAAGAUCGAAAUGAAGAGGAUGUUACGUUAAUAUGGCUUGAUGUACAACGAGAUGCAACAGAUGAAGAAACAAAUAAAAUGAAAGCAAUGUUAAGACUAAUUAAUGAUUAUGUCCUCUUCUAUCAAGAUCAAGAAACGUGUUUAGAAUACGUUGGAGUAAUUCAGAAAGAAAAAAUAUUUUUAAUAUUAUCCGGAUCAGCAUCUUUGCCAUUUCUUGAAUUGGUUCACGAUUUAAAACAAGUUGAUUCAGUUUUUAUUUUUGGUCAAUAUCAUGAAGAAGAUCGAAUCGAUUCACUAAUGGUAAAAUAUCCAAAAAUAAUCGGUAUUUACGAUGAAAUUUAUCAAUUAAGACUAAUAAUACGAAAAACAAUGGAUUUACUAGAAAAACAGACAGCUGCCUUCAGCUUAUACGAUCAAAAACAAAAAGCAACGCGAGAUUUAUCCAAAGAAUCUGGUUCAUUUCUAUUUUUUCAAUUAUUUAAAGAUGUUCUUCUAAAUAUGGAACAGACAAUAGAGGCGAAACGCGAAAUGAUUGCAAAAUGUCGUGAUUACUAUCGUUCAAAUAAAAAAGAAUUAGCAAAUAUUGAAUCAUUUCAGACAACAUACAAAGCAACCGAAGCUAUCCAGUGGUACACUAAAGAUAGUUUUGUUUACCGUCUCAUUAAUAAAGCGCUAAGAACAGAAGAUAUUCAAGCUCUUUAUACAUUUCGUUUUUAUAUCAUUGAUUUGUGCACGAGUCUUGAAAAAAAAUGUAAAGAGUUAAAAAAACGUCAAAAAGAAGAGGCAAAUCCCAUUUUAAAACUUUAUCGUGGUUUAAAACAAACAAAAGAGGAAAUUCUAAUAUUGAAAGAAAAUGUCGGAAAUUUAAUGUCAACAAACGGAUACUUAUCGAGUAGUCGUCUACGGACUGUAGCAUAUGAUUUUGCUAAAAAACCAUCAAAACGUUCAGAUAUUGAAGCGGUUCUAUUUGAAAUUACUGUGGACAUACAAGCAGUAGAAAAAAUAAUUUUAGCCGAUGUAGCAGAAUUCAGUGACUUUCCAAAUGAAGCAGAAGUUCUAUUCGAUUUAGGUGCCGCAUUUAAAAUCGACAGUGUUAAAUAUGAUGAUGAGGAUAAACUGUGGCUUAUUGUCACAUCAGCCACUGACAAAGGUGCCGAGUUAGCUAAUGAAUAUAUUGAAUUUCAAAAGAAGAAAGUAGCUGAAUCAAACAUUGUUCUUAUGUUUGGUCAUCUACUCGCCGAUAUGGGAGAAUAUAUCAAGUCGCAGCAAUAUUUUGAAAAUGUUUUACGUGGAAGGCCGAAUGAUGAAGAAGUUGCAUGUGUUUAUCACAACAUUGGACGUGCUCAUCGGCUCAAAGGUGAAUAUGAUCACUCUCUUGAAAAUUAUCAAAAAGCUUAUGACAUGCACUCUAACGCACGACCACCACGACUUGUAUCGGCAGCAAAAACUCUAAACGGAAUGGGUAUACUAUACAAUGAAAGACAUAACCAUGACGAAGCGCUAAACUAUCUGACGAGAGCAUUGAAAAUGUACGAAAAAGCUUUACAACGUAAACAUGCGGAUAUUGCGGGAACAUUAAAUAAUAUUGGAAACGUGUAUCGUGAUCAGGGUCGUUAUGAUCUGGCGCUCCAAUAUCUAAAAAGAGCACAGAAAAUAAAUGAAGACACGUUACCUCCAAAUCAUCCGAAUAUCGCUCUAACAUACAACAAUAUCGGCAAUGUAUACUACAAGAGAAGUGAUUACAAAACAGCAUUGGACUAUUACAAUAAAGCAUUAAAGUUGAAAGAAAAAGCAUUACCCGCUGAUCAUCCGGAUAUUGCACGUGGUUUAAAUAAUAUUGGAUUAGUUUAUUAUAGUAAUGGUGACUACGAUACUGCCCUAGAAUAUUAUACAAAAUCGUUGCUUAUGUCAGAAAAAUCAUUGCCGGAUAAACAUCCAUUUCAUGAAACAAUACAAACAAAUAUCAAACUUGCUAAAGAGAAAAGACCCGCAACCGAAAACGAUAUAAUAGUAACACCAUUAUAA